UACACCAGCAGAUGGCGACAAGGGACCAGUUCGUUGUUUGACAACUGCCAAAAACAGUACACGAAGAAGACAAAAAUAAACUUCCAUAGAUUCAACAGAGCGCGGGAAGCCUGGGAAAAGAUGGCGACGGACGCCCGCGUAGAAGCCGACGAGGAGGCGGACAACGUCCCUCCGUCGACUCUAAAAUUGUACGAGACACAGUUUUUCGGGUUCACCCCGCAGACUUGUAUGUUGCGGGUCUACAGCGCCUUCCAGGACUGCCUGUACGACAUUUUACCCGUCGUGGAGAAGGUGUGCGUCCGGCAGCUCGGCAGAGGAGAGUCCGCCGAAUCCGAGGAGCUGCUCCGGGCCCGGGCCCGGGAGUGCAGCCGGAAGCUGCAGCGGUUCCUCGAUGAGCGCUUCAAGCUGCUGGCCGAGCGGAUGGAAGCGCUGCUGACCGAGCGAUGCUUCUCCGUGCCGCCGAGCGUCCUGCUGCCCGAGGACCAGUUACACAAGACCUACCCGCAACACAUCCAGGAGGUGCUGAGGCUGGAGUCGUCCCUUGCCGACCUCCAGAGUGCCUACGAGGCAGAAGUAUGUGCGCGGCAGGCCCUGCUAGCCGAGCUGGAGGAGCAGAGGGAGGUGCAGAAACAGCUGGAUGGGAUUCUGGCGUGGGUCAGAGAGCUCCAGGCCGCCUGGGUGAAGGAAGGUAACGGCAGCUUCCACGACAGCUUCCAGCUGGUGAUGGAGUCUGUCAAGAAGCUGCAGGAUGCAGUUGGAGAGGUCUGCAACAAGGCGCCUCCAUGAACUGAACUCAGAUUCGUUUAAAUUGUUCAUAUCAUCAAUGAAUUCGUGUUACAAUGUAAGUGGAUAUUGGAGAACAGCAGACCUCUCUUUUCCUCAAGGGCAAGGCUUCUACAGGACCUUUUGGCCAACCUGAAAACAGCUUCUUCUUUUUUCCGAGUAUGACGGUAACUUUUGGCCACUUGUAAAGAAAACCGCAUUCAUUCCCUGUGAGAAGAAGAUGCAGAUAAUCCCAAAUGUACUUCAUAAACAGUGCUCAACAGCAAUGCCGGCUGACACGAGUUCUAGUUUACGUUUGUAAAUGUAAUGUAAAUAAUAAAGCAAAUGAAUAUAUCUGUCGCUUAAGCUGAUUUUUAACUUGGUUACUUUCUGUCAUUACUGGGCCACAUUCCCUCAUCACUGUCUCAAAAACCCUUCUCCCUAACGUCUUAUUUUCUUGUAUUGGCUCAUUACUGGGUUGGUGGUGAUACUUCUUUUAUUGGAUAGCAUUUUAGGUGUUCAUCAUAUUGUGUCCACCGUCUGGAGAGCUACAGGGAAUACCCAGCAGAGGGCGUUCUCUACAUGUUAACAAUGCAAACCGAAUAAGUACAACAUCAGUAGUCAUUAUUCACAUUUGGGGCAAAAAUAUCUGUGCAAAUAAAAAGCUACUUUCUCAGAUGCUGGUAUUGGGGCUUACUUGGCCACUUGAAUGUAACUGAGCUAUAGCUAAUGUUUAGAAAUACAUGGGUCAAAAUUA